AUGUCCACCUACGAAAUCGAGCACAACACAACCGACCCCUCAACAACGACCCAAGCCCCUCGCCGCCGCCGCCCCGACCUCUCCACCUUUUUCGCAACCCUCUCCGAAAUCACCCCCGGCCCAGACCACCGUCCGCAUGCCGUGCCCGUACCCGGCGAUGUGAGCGCCGCGUUCUACAGCCUCGCCGAGGCGCUGGAGGUCAUGCGCCGCGACGCAGAUGUUGGCGGUGGUGCAGACCCCGCAAUUCCCACUGCUGCGACGGAGGGACAAGAGACCGGCGCCGGCGUAGAUCGCGAUCUAUUGACGCAGAUGAUCCAAACGCUGCUACAGGAGGCGGAUACGCCGCCGCGGGAGGUGGAGGGUGUUAGUGAGGAGUUUUGCGACACCACCCAAACCUGCCCAAUCUGCAACAACCCCUUCCUGGAAGACGAAUACCCGCUCGUCGUCCAGCUCCCCUGCCACCCGACGCACCUGUUCGAUCUGGAAUGCGUGCGGCCCUGGCUGCGGCUGCGCGGGACAUGUCCGCUGGAUCGGGUGGAUUUUGCGAAGCAAUUACGGGAAAAGGCGGAGGAGCGGAAGAAGAUCGUUGAGGAGGAUGAGGAAGAGGAGUGGGAUGGCAUGUACGGGUGA